GGGGACACUGGGACGGGUGCCCGCUGUCCUGUUCGGAGUGCUCGCUGUGUGAUUUAAAACCUGCCGCUUCCCAUGGUGCCUCGCCUUCUCCAGCCGUGAAACUAAGGAAGAAACCUAAGACAGCUGAAAACCAGAAGGCGUCUGAGGAGAAUGAGAUUACUCAGACGGGUGCAUGCAGCGCCAAGCCGGGCCUUCCCUGCCUGAACCUUGAAGCUGUUCCUUCUCUGAGCCCGGCCCUCAUCCACUCUCCACAUUCACCAACAAACCUGCACGCACACACAGGGUCAUCUGAUUGUAACAUCAGUUGCAAGGGGAUGACAGAGCGCAUUCAUAGCAUCAACCUCCACAACUUCAGCAAUUCUGUGCUCGAGACCCUCAACGAGCAGCGCAACCGUGGCCACUUCUGUGACGUGACGGUCCGCAUCCACGGGAGCAUGCUGCGCGCCCACCGCUGCGUGCUGGCGGCUGGCAGCCCCUUCUUCCAGGACAAGCUGCUGCUGGGCUACAGUGACAUCGAGAUCCCCUCAGUGGUGUCAGUCCAGUCUGUGCAAAAGCUCAUUGACUUCAUGUACAGCGGGGUGCUGCGGGUCUCACAGUCAGAGGCCCUCCAAAUCCUCACGGCCGCCAGCAUCCUGCAGAUCAAGACUGUGAUUGAUGAGUGCACGAGGAUUGUCUCACAAAAUGUGGGAGACGUCUACCCGGUGAUUCAGGAUUCUGGCCAAGAGACACCCAGGGGAACACCUGAAUCAGGCACCUCGGGGCAGAGCACUGACACAGAGUCUGGCUACCUGCAGAGCCAUUCACAGCACAGUGUGGACAGGAUCUAUUCAGCCCUCUAUGCCUGUUCCAUGCAAAAUGGCAGUGGGGAGCGCUCCUUUUACAGUGGAGCUGUGGUCAGCCACCAUGAGACAGCCCUGGGACUCCCCAGGGACCAUCACAUAGAAGAUCCCAGCUGGAUUACCCGGAUCCAUGAACGGUCGCAGCAGAUGGAGCGGUACCUCUCCACCACUCCAGAGACCACACACUGCCGGAAGCAACCCCGCCCUGUCCGAAUUCAAACCCUGAUGGGCAACAUCCAUAUUAAGCAGGAGAUGGAGGAUGACUAUGACUACUACGGCCAGCAGAGGGUGCAGAUCCUUGAGCGCAAUGAGUCUGAGGAAUGCACUGAGGACACUGACCAAGCUGAAGGCACUGAGAGCGAGCCCAAAGGGGAGAGUUUUGACUCGGGUGUCAGUUCCUCCAUUGGCACCGAGCCCGAUUCAAUGGAGCAGCAGUUUAUGGCUGGUCUGGGCCGGGAUGGACAGCAAGAACCUUCUCAAGCAGAUCAAAAUGAUGUCCCUGCUGAUGGCUCUCAGCCACAGCAGCAGCAGCAACAUGUAGAUGCCAACUCUUCCUCACCAGAGAGAAACAAUGACAUUGAAAUGGACAGCAAAGUGCUCACAGUCAAUAACAGCACCGAAAAGGGGGCUUUGCAGCCUUCUGUCAACACAUCUGUUGCCCAACCAUUGCCAACCACACAGAUCUACUUACGCCAGACAGAAACCCUCACCAGCAAUCUGAGGAUGCCACUGACUCUGACCAGCAACACCCAGGUCAUUGGCACAGCUGGCAACACCUACCUGCCUGCCCUUUUCACCACGCAGUCUGCUGGCAGUGGCCCUAAGCCUUUUCUCUUCAGCCUGCCCCAGCCUUUAGCUGGCCAACAGACACAGUUUGUGACAGUGUCCCAACCCGGCCUGUCAACCUUUACUGCCCAGCUGCCAGCCCCACAGCCCUUGGCCCCAUCUGCAGGCCACAGCACAGCGGGUGGGCAAGGUGAAAAAAAGCCUUAUGAGUGCACUCUCUGUAACAAGACUUUCACCGCCAAACAGAACUACGUCAAGCACAUGUUUGUACACACAGGUGAGAAACCACACCAAUGCAGCAUCUGUUGGCGCUCCUUCUCUCUAAAGGAUUACCUAAUCAAACACAUGGUGACACACACUGGCGUGAGGGCCUACCAGUGCAGUAUCUGCAACAAGCGCUUCACCCAGAAGAGCUCCCUUAAUGUGCACAUGCGUCUCCACCGCGGGGAGAAGUCCUACGAGUGCUACAUCUGCAAGAAGAAGUUCUCCCACAAGACCCUGCUGGAGAGGCAUGUGGCUCUGCACAGUGCCACCAACGGCACGCCUGGAGCCGCCGGCACCGGCGCGAGGGCUGUCCCUGCCGGCGUGGUGGCCUGCACGGAGGGGACCACGUACGUCUGCUCUGUCUGUCCGGCUAAGUUUGACCAAAUCGAGCAUUUCAACGACCACAUGAGGAUGCAUGUGUCAGACGGAUAAGUAGAAUCUCUCUCUCUCUCUUUGUUAUGAACAACAAAAAUAGAAACAACAAAAAAAAAGC